AUGUCCGAAAGCUCAACAACCUCCUCAUCUGGUCUCGCGGACUCCUACAUUGCCAAGAAGAGUUUCGAUGCUUCUCAGUGCACCAUAUACAAAGAACCCUUCCCCGAGCAUCUCAUGGUACCCAUGAACUUGUUAUCGAGCACAGGACGUCGUCGCGCGGUCAUUCAUCAGCACCAGCAGACAAAGGGGGCACCCAAAGCCACCAAAGACUUUGUUGGUCCUGCGAAGGCUCAGAAAAGCACCUCAAAAGAUGUAAAAGAUGACGCGCAAUCAGCGGUUUCAUGGUUAGCGAGUCUGACUGCUGAGCAAGAGAGCAUACUCAUGCACCCUCCAAAACUCUUCUCUCCAGCGACAGCCCUCAAAGAUCUCGCACAUGCUCCAACCAGCAUCAGUUGGGCAGAACUAUCGGAGCGUAUGAGAGAUGUUCACUCGUUAGACCGACUCUUCGCCGAUUUCGCUAAAUUACGCGUAAAAUAUAAGGUCAAUGUCAAUACCGUCACACCAAUUUGUUUACUGGCAACCUCGCUAAACAAUGUAGCAAUAUACAGUGAUAUACCCUAUUGUGCUUUCGAGGAAGGCGAAGCUGUGAUAUUCAUGGCUCUCAACGUCUGGACAUCGGAAGAGAGGAUGAGCUGGAGCAUUGCUCCGCCAGCACAGCGUGUGAAAGCAUGUUCAGCGUGGGAAACCAGCAUACGAGAGAGACUCAACCGAGAUGGCAUGAUCACAGUACAACACAAAGAUGCGAAUUCUCUGCUCUGGGUUCGUUCAAUCGUUACCGACGAUAGCGCGAUUGCAGACUCCACAAGAGCAGGAGAAUUGCUAUUCUCAGAACGGAAAGCUACACUCAAUCCAGACAAGUUGCAGAGCAGUAAUGACCUCAUAAAUCUGCUCGUUAGCUCAUUCCAUCGACAACUUGGUAAGAAGAAGUGGGGGGAUCUGCAGAAGUUUGCCCUGAACAUACUCCGUCAGAACCGAGCACCGACCCCGUAUAAGAGGUCAAAAAUUGCGAGACUGAUUUUAGACAAACGUGAAGGACAGGCCGUGGAGAUUGAUGAGGACUCAGGUUGA